AUGGACGUCUCCCAGGAUCUAGCGGAUUACGCAGCGAAACACUCUUCCAACCUUUUGGCACGGCCCCAGCCUGCCGAUGUGGACCUGGGAUAUCUUGCUGCCUUUGAUACCACUCCGACCGAUGCGGAGCUUUACUCGUCAUCUCGCGAUUCACAUCUAAGAGACCUCGCCUUGGCGUCCGUCUCGACUCUACUAAAUUCACUCUUCGCUCUGCCAAAGACAUCCUCCCCUCUCGGACCCGUUGUCCGUCCCCCUGCCCCUACGACCGUGUUGCCCCGAGAGAAGCCUCUGCCGAAGCCAAAACCACCUACCAAAUGGGAACGAUUCGCCAAGGAGAAGGGUAUUUCUCACGUCAAGAAGGACAAGGUGGUCUGGGAUGAAGAGAAACAAGAUUGGGUCAAGCGAUGGGGACGAGGAGGAAAGAACAAGGAAGCGGAGGAUCAAUGGUUGCAUGAAGUCAAGGGUGGUGACAACGCCGAUCAUGAUCCUGCUGCGACCGCUCGAGCUGAACGCAAGGCUCGUAUAGCCAAGAAUACGGCGCAGCAAAAUGCCAAUCUCGCCAGUGCCUCCUCCUCCAAGGAAGCGCGUAAAGCCGAGCUCAACCGAUCUAUGCUCAUCUCCAAGACGUCCACGGCCUCUCUGGGCAAGUUUGACAAAAAGAUUGAAGGCGAACCCAAAGCUCGGGGAGUCAAGCGCAAAUUUGACGGAGUCGUGGAACAUGACUGGAAGGACGAAAAGGCAAAGGCUUUGGAUGUGCUACGAGGUGUGGAGAGUGGAGAGAAGCGCAAAGUCAAGGGAACUGCCAGGGAGGAAGGUGCAGUCAAUGUCAGGAAAGCUGUCAGAGGUCUGGGUCGAGAUGGUCCAGGGAAUGACAGGGGAGUCAAGGGCAAGGGCAAGAAGGGGAGGAGGUGA